AUGAUGAAACCUUUACGUUCAAGAUGUUUAGAUAUUAGAAUAGAGCUUCCAACCUAUGAUGAAGUAGAUAGAUUAAUAACGAACAUAUGUCAACAAGAACAUACUCAUAUAACCCAAAAAGAUAAAGAAAUGAUAUUAAAUUCCAAUAACGGUAAUUUAAGAACAACAUUAAUCACUCUCUUUGUAUAUAUUCAAACUAAACACUUAUUUAAACCAACUUGGAAAAUAUCUUGUGAACUUAUUGUCAAAACAAUCGUUGUUACUCCAAAUGUUGAAGUCAUUCCAAAAUUAAUUCGUCCUAAAUUAUGUGAGUUUAUUGAGAAUGGUCUUUCACCAUCAUUAAUAUUAAAAGAAAUUUUUACUUUAUGUAUGAAUUCAAACAUUGACCAAUUGUAUAAACUUGGUGUUGUUGAAAUAAUUCAUAAAUUUGUUUGUUAUUCUUUUUCUCUUAUUAUUCAACCAAUCAUCUUCUAA